GUAAAUUUUGAGCGCUGCAGUCAUGUAGAUAGUUACUAUUGUAUGGAUCAAACUUCUGCCGUCUCAGCACUCGUUACGGUGGUUUCGUGUAGAUUGUUACUGCGGGUCACAAGGUGGGCACCUGUUACUCAGUGUCACACACUUCACUGAAAGACCACAGCCAGGCUGACUGACUUGUGACCAACAAGACGGCAACUGAGUAAAACCAAACCUUAGAGAUCUGCAUGAUGACUAGGGAGGAACAAAUGGAGUUUCAUGAAGUUGCAGUUUAUUUCUCGGAGGAGGAGUGGGGCUGUUUAACUGAGGAACAAAAAGAGCUUUAUAAGGAUGUGAUGCUGGAGAAUUACAAGAUCCUCAGUUCUCUAGGAUAUGUUCAUGUGAAACCUUUACUGGUUACAAAGAUUGAGCAUAGAGAGGAGCCGUAUGUGAGCAAUUUUCUAAAUACCAAUGGUGAAUUUACAAACUGCACUUAUCCUAGUCAUGGUCAGACUGCAAAUGCCUCUUUCAGUCUUUUAAAAAAUCAAAGAAGCCAUAUAGGAAAUGUAUGUUCUGAAUGUGGAACAUUUUUCACAGAAAAAUCAUUUCUUUUUGAACAUUUGAAAUCUCAUACAGGAAAUAAAGCAUUUUCAUGUUCUGACUGUGGGAAAUGUUUUUCUCGGAAACCACAUCUUAUUAAUCAUCAGAAAAUUCACACAGGAGAAAAAGCAUUUUCAUGUUCUGUCUGUGGGAAAUGUUUUAUUCGAAAAUCAUUUUUUGUCGAUCAUCAGAAAAAAAAACACACAGGAGAAAAAGCAUUUUCAUGUUCUGAAUGUGGGAAAUGUUUUAAUCGAAAAUCACACCUUAUUGAUCAUCAGAAAAUUCACACAGGAGAAAAAGCAUUUUCAUGUUCUGACUGUGGAAAAUGUUUUACUCGGAAAUCAAAUCUUUUUGAUCAUCAGAAAAUUCAUAUAGGUGAGAGAGCAUUUUCAUGUUCAGAAUGUGGGAAAUGUUUUACUCGAAAAUCAUCUCUUAUAAUGCAUAACAAAAUUCACACAGGAGAAAAAGCAUUUUCAUGUUCUGAAUGUGAGAAAUGUUUUACUUGGAAAUCAGCUCUUAUUACGCAUCAGAAAAUUCACACAGGAGAAAAACCAUUUUCAUGUUCUGAGUGUGGGAAAUGUUUUAUUCAGACUUCAUCUCUUAUUAUGCAUCAGAGAUAUCACACAGGAGAAAAAGCAUUUUCAUGUUCUGACUGUGGGAAAUGUUUUACUCGAAAAUCAGAUCUUAUCAAGCAUCACAAAAUUCACACAGGAGAAAAAGCAUUUUCAUGUUCUGAGUGUGGGAAAUGUUUUGUUCAGAAUUCAUCUCUUAUUAUGCAUCAGAAAAUUCACACAGGAGAAAAAGCAUUUUCAUGUUCUGUCUGUGGGAAAUGUUUUACGCAGAAAUCAUAUCUUAAUAGGCAUCACAAAUUUCACACAGGAGAAAAACCUUUUUCGUGUUCUGAGUGUGGGAAAUGUUUCUUUCAGAAUUCAUCUCUUAUUAAGCAUCAGAAAAUUCACACAGGAGAAAAGGCAAUUUCCUGUUCUGACUGUGGAAAAUGUUUUAAUCGUAAAUCAAGUUUUAUUGAUCAUCAGAAAAUCCAUACAGGAGAGAAAGUAUUUUCAAGUUCUGACUGUGGAAAAGGUUUAACUCUGAAAUCACAUUUUACUACGCAUCAGAAAAUGCAUACAGGAGAGAAAGUAUUUUCAUGUUUUGACUGUGGAAAAAAGUUUACUCGGAAAUCCAGUUUUCUUGAUCAUCAGAAAAUCCAUACAGGAGAGAAAGCAUUUUCAUGUUCUGAAUGUGGCAAAUGUUUUACUCUGAAAUCACAGCUUAGAACGCAUCAGAAAAUUCAUACUGGAGAAAAAGCAAUUUCAUGUACUGAGUGUGGGAAAUGGUUUACUCGGAAAUCAACUCUUAUUGAUCAUCAGAAAAUCCAUACAGGAGAGAAAGCAUUUUCAUGUUCUGAUUGUGGAAAACGUUUUACUGUGAAAUCAAAUCUUACUAUGCAUCAGAAAAUACAUACAGGAGUAAAAGCAUUUUCAUGUUCUUACUGUGGAAAAUAUUUUACUCUGAAAUCAAAUCUUAUUACUCAUCAAAAAAUUCAUAUUAAAGAAAAUCAGAGCGUAACCUCUUAAGUGCAGACACAAAGUCAUCAUUCAUAGAAUGUCUAGAGUUCUGGUCUUGACUACAUGUGAUCCUCUGGUGGGCUUUUUGUAGCUGUUUGAGCAUCCCUCUGCAUCUCAAGUGGUUUUAUAUAUAUAUAUAUAUAUUUAUAUAUAUUCGAAUAGCCAAGUGAUUACCUGGCACAAAUAAAAUGGGAUUUAUUUGAGUUUCAUGGGAGGGAGCCCCUAUGUGUAGAUUAAAGAUAUAUAACUAUACCCAAAGGCCCUUAUUUAUAUGUUGAUAAACCCUUCUUUGUUAUGUCCCAACUUUUUUGAAACAUGUAGUCAUCAGAUUUGAAAUGAGUGUAUAUUUUCAAAAAUACAUUAAAUUCACAAUGUGAAACAUCAAAUAA